AUGGCGGCGGAUAUGGACUGUCGGCUGGAGGUGGACAACGUCCUUUCCUUCGCCGACGAUCUCAUGGGAGUGCUCCGCUGCAGUGACGACGCGGACGCCAAUGCGCAGGUGACCGCGGCCGCGCGGUUGCUGCGCACCGCCUGCCGCUCCGAGUCCGACCAUCUCGAGCUCCAGCUGAAAGAUUAUCAGCAAAAAUUAUGCUCCUGCAAGGAAAAGACAGACAAAGCAAAUGCUGAAACGAUUGCUGCUGAUGAACUGAGUGUACUGCAAAAUAGGAUAGAAGAAAAUCUUCAGGAAGAGAAACAACUUCGUGAAGAAUUGAGAUAA